AUGAACCGAUUUGUUGGGGUGCUCGUACUUUCGGCGCUGGUAAUCGGUGCCUUGGGUCAGAACGAUGGUCGUGAUGCUGCCGUGCGAGAUCGGGCCGGUAAUGGGUACGAGGUCCUGGUGGAGUCGUCGCUGCAUGUGCGAAAGGCGAACCCGGCCGUACGACGCAACGUGCGCAGCGUGCUAGAUCUGUUGGUCCCACCGGAAGCGGUACUCGUGCGCCAAAAGCGCCAGUUCGGAUUCGGUGCCUCCAGCGCGAACGCUAACGCUAACGCCUUCAACCAACAAUUUGGACCGAAUGGAUUUGGGGCGAGUGCCGCCAAUGCCGGUGCCCAAUCGUUCUACAACCAGGGACCGGGUGGUGGUUUCGGCGCAUCGGCUGCCAACUCUGCCUCGCAAGGUUUCUCCGCCGGGCCGGGUGGUUUCUCGGGCUCUGCUGGACAGUCCGGCAGCCAGAGCUACAAACUGCCAGGCAAUAAGGAUGUGAACCUGUCGUACAGUGGUGGAUUCUCCGUAGCCAACGGGCAGCCAAGCGUAUCGCAGGGCAGUUCCAUCAGCUUCUCCAAGAAGUAG